AACUUUCCAAAAAGCCCCUUCCCAACCUAAACUCAUCAUACCUCCUAGAAGACAAAAUCCUCCUCGUCAACGAGCUGUUUGGGACAUAGAAAUGGAAGAACUACGUCAACAAAUUCAAAGGCUUCAAGAAAGACUCGAAGUUUUUGAGGGACAACAAGCUCAACACCUGAUAUUCCUGACGACAAGCGUGUGAAGCUCGUCGCCAUCAAAUUAAAGAAACAUGCAUCCAUUUGGUGGGAGAAUCUCAAACGCAGUCGAGAAAGAGAAGGCCGCAACCAAAAUUAGAACUUGGGAGAAAAUGCGUCGGGAGCUCACUCGUAAGUUCUUACCUGACCGUUACUACCAAGAUAGUUUUGUUAAAUUUCAUAACUUGCAGCAAAAAUCUUUGACUGUGGAAGAAUAUACUAUGGAGUUCGAACAAUUAAUGAUGAAGUGUGAUGUUCGGAAAAAGGACGAGCAAACCAUAGCUCGAUAUCUUGGAGGAUUGGACUAUGACAUUUCCAAAGUUGUUCAACUUCAACAAUAUUGGAUUUUGGAUGAUGUAAUUCGGCUAGCAUUGAGGGUUGAAAAGCAAAUCUCAAAGAAGAAUGUCACUAGUGCUUCAAAACUGCGGGAUUUUGGAGCCAGCAGAGGGACUCAAGCCUCAAAAACUGUUGCUAAGACCCCUGCCAAGACUGAGAAGGAAGUUAGCUUGAGCCGUCCAGCUCAAUCUAACACUCGAAAGUAUUUCAAGUGUCAAGGAUUUGGCCACAUAGCCUCCGACUGUCCAAAUAGGAGAGUUGUCACCAUUAUUGGAGGAGAAAUUCAAGAAGCCUCAGAAGAUGAACUAGAAAAGGAGCAAAAUGAUGAAACUGAGUCACCCCAGCUUGAGGAAGAACUCAUCCCAGCUGACCAUGGAGAAUCUUUGGUUGUGUGUCGUAGGCUACAUGCUACCAUAACCAAGGAUGAAGAUUGGCUUCAACAUAACAUCUUUCACACCAGAUGUACUUCUCGAGGGAAAGUCUACAAUGUCAUCAUUGAUAGUGGAAGCUGUGAGAAUGUUGUGUCAAAUUAUAUGGUUGAGAAGCUAGGUCUGCCUGUCAAAGAUCAUCCCCAUCCAUACAAGUUACAAUGGCUACGAAAAGGAAAUGAGGUAAAAGUAACUAAACAUUGCCUUGUGUCUUUUUCUAUUAGUAAUAGGUACCAAGAUGAAGUAUGGUGUGAUGUUAUUCCUAUGGAUGCUUGUCACUUGUUACUUGGUCGUCCUUUGCAAUUUGACCGAAAAGCUAUCCAUGAUGGCCAUGCCAACACCUACUCGUUUGUGAAUGAUGGUGUGAAGGUCAAGCUCACUCCCCUGAAGCCUGAAGAAACACUUGAAAAGAAGGAUGAGGACAAGGCUUUAAUCUCCAGAUCAACCUUUCAGAAGUUGCACCAAGAGUCGAGAAUAGCAUGUCUCCUACUAUUAUCUAAAAUCCUUCAUGGAUUACCACCAAUGAGAGACAUUCAGCAUGCCAUUGAUUUCAUCCCAGGAUCUGUCAUCCCAAACAAGCCUACUUAUCGGAUGAACCCUCAAGAGUAUGCGAAACUUCAACGACAAGUCAAAGAACUGAUGGAGAAAGGACUUGUCAAGGAAAGUGUUAGCCCAUGUGCCGUGCCUGUGCUACUCGUCCCAAAGAAAGAUGGAACUUGGAGAAUGUGUGUAGAUAGUCGAGCAAUGAACAAAAUCACUAUCAAGUAUCGCUUCCCAAUUCCACGCCUUGAUGAUAUGCUUGAUCAAUUGCAUGGAGCUACUGUCUUCUCAAAGAUUGAUUUGAGAAGUGGAUAUCACCAGAUUCGAAUGCGUCCCGGUGAUGAAUGGAAGACAGCAUUCAAAACUAGAGAUGGUUUGUACGAGUGGACGGUCAUGCCAUUCAGAUUGUCUAAUGCUCCCAGCACUUUCAUGCGCCUUAUAAACCAGGUAUUUCGACCCUUCAUUGGGAAAUUUGUUGCGGUUUACUUUGAUGAUAUCCUGGUAUAUAGCAAGAAUGAACAAGAGCACCUAGACCAUAUCCGGCAAGUUUUUGAAGUCCUUAGAGAACAGAAACUUUAUGCUAAUCUCAAGAAAUGUUCAUUCCUCACUACAAGUGUGAAAUUUCUUGGAUACAUCAUCACUGCUCAAGGUAUCAAGAUGGAUCCCAGUAAGAUUGAUGCUAUUGUCAACUGGCCUACACCAACAUCGAUGCAUGAUGUUCGAAGCUUCCAUGGCCUGGCAUCUUUUUACCAGAGAUUCAUUAAGAAUUGUAGUUCUAUUGUUGCCCCUGUUACUGACAGCCUUAAGGGUGACAAAUUUUCAUGGAGUGACAAGGCCCAACAUAGUUUUGAAGAAUUAAAGAGGAAGCUCACUGAAACCUCUGUACUUGCACUUCCCAACUUUGACCUGAUGUUUGAAGUAGAUUGUGAUGCUUCUAAUGUUGGAAUUGGUGAAGUGUUAAGUCAAGAAGGUCGACCCAUUGCCUUCUUCAGUGAAAAGUUGAAUGACACAAAGCUCAGAUAUUCCACUUAUGACAAAGAAUUCUAUGCAAUUAAUUGUGUAGCUAAUGCUCUGAGUCGCCGACAUGCCUUGCUUACUUUCUUACAAAUGAAAGUCAUUGGAUUUGAAGUGAUCAAGGAGUUGUAUGAGGAUGAUCCUGAUUUUAGCAACAUUUGGCAAGCCACUUCUAAUCAAGCCUUUCAGCAAUAUCAUCGCCAGCAAGAUUACCUCUUCAAGGGUAACCGACUAUGUGUUCCACGUUCCUCACUCCGAGAUUCAAUUAUCUGGGAAGCACAUAAUGGUGGAUUAGCUGGUCAUUUUGGGAGAGACAAGACUUUAGCUCUUGUUAAAGAAAGUUUUUACUGGCCAAAGUUGGAGCAGAAUGUCAUUCGUCACAUUCAAAGAUGCAAAGUUUGUCACCAAGCCAAGACAAUCAAUCAGAACAGAAGGUUGUAUCUGCCAUUGCCUAUCCCAACAUCACCUUGGGAAGAUGUUAGUAUGGAUUUUGUCCUUGGUCUACCACGAACUCAACGAAGCAAGGAUUCUAUCAUGGUCGUGAUUGUGCGUCUACAUGGAGUUCCAAAGACCAUCACUUCAGAUAGAGAUGUGAAGUUCAUGAGUCAUUUUUGGAGGACUUUGUGGAGAAAGAUGGGCACUCAACUCCAUUUUGUGGGAAAAAAUCUGCGACAAUGGGAUCUUAUGCUUGCCCAAGCUGAGUUUGCCUACAACAACUCUUCGAAUCAAGCUACGAGAAAAUGCCCAUUUGAAGUAGUAUAUGGAGUGCGUCCUCUCAGUCCUUUAGAUCUUGCUCCAUUGCCCACAUCCCGACAAUUUAGUGUAGAUGCUAAACAACGAGCCAAGGAGAUCAAGAAACUUCAUGAAGAAGUUCGUGAGAUGCUACAACGUCAAACCAUUAGGUUUCCUAAUCGACCUAAUGUCAAACUCUCCCCUAGAGCCGAUGGUCCUUUUAAGAUAGUGGAGAAAAUCAAUGAUAAUGCCUACAAGAUCAAACUUCAAGGUGACUAUGGGGUCUCUGCUACUUUCAAUGUAGUUGACCUAUCUCCUUACUAUGAGGAACAUGAGCAUUGAACUCAAACUCGAGGACGAGUUUUCUCCAACCAGGGGAGAAUGCACCAGGGGAAAGCACCAAGAAAGUGCACCAAGAAAGUGCACCAAGAUUGCAAGUCAACAAAUUUCAUACUACACU